UUUCCCAAGAGGAGAUUCCUCAUGAGUCAUGAAGUACUACUAGUCUACUAGUAUUGAUAAUUUUAUCUCUUAAGUCGCCAUGGAAAACCUGUUCUCAUACCUUGCUUUCUUCUUCUUCUUCAUUAUUCUUAUCAUCAAACUUCUAUACCAGUACCCCAACCCUAAUUUACCUCCAAGUCCAUUUUCUCUCCCAAUAAUUGGCCACUUCCAUCUCCUUAAACAACCUAUAUACCGAAGCCUAGAGACCCUAUCCUUGAAAUAUGGUCCUGUCUUAUUUCUUAAAUUCGGUUCUCGGCCUGUCCUCGUCGUAUCUUCUCCUUCGAUGGUGGAAGAAUGCUUCGCCAAGAACGACAUUAUAUUUGCAAAUCGUCCCCGCACCAUGGCUGGUGAUAUUUUGACUUACAACUCAAUUGUUGUAGCUUGGACUCCAUAUGGCCACUUGUGGAGGAAUCUCCGACGUAUCGUCAACCUCCAUAUCUUUUCUAAGAAAAGCCUCCAAAACUUUUCCAUUAUCCGGGAAGAAGAAGUUUACUCCCUUCUUCGCAUGGUGUUCAAAGUCUCGAAAAGCGAUCCACAAAAAGUAGAGUUCAGGUAUUUUUCUUCACUUCUAAUGUUCAAUGUUAUCAUGAGAAUGGUCACUGGAAAGCCAUGUGUUGGAGAGGAAGCUGCAAGCACUGAUCUGGGGAAGCAACAGCUCAAAGAUAUAAAGGGUAUUAUUUUUGCAUUUUUGUCCAUGAAUAUAUGUGAUCACUUUCCAAUUUUGAGGUGGGUUGGUUUCAAAGGGUUGGAAAAGAGUAUGGUAAGGUUGCAAUGGAAGAGGGAUAGAUUUUUGACCAAGUGGAUUGAAGAGAUCAAACAAAUGAAGACCAAUCAUUCAAAAAAUGAGAAGAGGACUCUGAUUGAAUCUCUAUUGUCUCUUCAUGACUCAGAAAGUGAAUUUUAUUCCGAUGUUGUCGUUAAAAGCAUCGUUCUGGUGAUGUUCACCGCGGGAACAGAUACAACAGCUACAACCAUGGAGUGGGCAAUGUCACUUUUGCUAAAUCAUCCAGAGGUUUUGCAGAAGGUUAAAGCGGAGAUUGUAAACCAAGUUGGGCAUGGGCGCUUGCUGAAUGACUCUGAUCUUGACAAGCUUCCCUAUCUUCGUUCUGUCGUCAACGAGACACUUAGACUCUAUCCUCCAACGCCACUUUUAUUACCUCAUUGUUCUGCAGAAGAUUGCACCGUUGGGGGUUAUACAGUACCAAAAGGGACAACACUAUUGGUGAAUGCAUGGACUGUGCAUCGGGAUCCCAAGCACUGGGAGGAGCCCAACAGCUUUAAGCCAGAGAGAUUUGAAGGAUUCAACGGAGAAAGGGAGGGUUUCAGAUUCCUUCCAUUUGGGAUUGGGAGGAGGGCAUGUCCCGGUGCUGGUAUGGCCCAACGGGUAAUUUUACUGGGCCUUGGUGCACUCAUUCAGUGCUUUGACUGGGAAAGGCUUGACAAGGAGACGGUGGACAUGAACCCAGCUUCAGGAUAUCUUCUGUCAAAGGAAAAGCCUUUGGAGGCUCUUUGUAGUCCCACCCAUUCCAUGGAAAACCUUCUCUCUCAGCAUUGAUUACUUCUGCGUGUAAUAAUUACUUGUGCUUAAACUAUUUAGAUUUUGUCUAGAGUUCCUUUGU